UCUCUGGCUCGUCGUUGGUUCCUCGUCCCUACAUUCCCGUCACCUCUCACGCCAACCACGGUGGCAUUCCGUGCCUUCUUGGCACCGUGACAAACAUUACCUGGAUCAUGGCUAGACGCGGCCUAAAGAUACUCGCUGCAUCGUCUAUCCUACCCCCUCCCUUACCCAUGGAUCGCAAACAGUCAUCCAUCACUUACUAUGAGCAUCCAUCACUUGGACCACUCACAGGCUGACGAAGCGAAAGAGCUUUGUCCCUCCCUGCCGCUCUGCGCCGUCACGAGGCAGCCAAAGGCCUGUCCCUGCUCCGCCGGUUGCCCAGCCGCGCGGUUGCCGAACGGCCAUCCUGUGGCCCUUCUGGGUCGACCCUGUCAUUCGCGCAUCGCCCUUCCGAGGCCCGUGUUGGACACAAUCUUCUUGCACGCUGUCUGUCUCCCGCAUGGCAUGCGUCGUACAAAGCUGGUUAUUUCAUCGUCUAGCCAUCUCUGUCAAUGCUGCACAUUCACCUUUUCUAGCAGGUUUCUAUCGGGCGCCAACGGUCUAGAAAGCCAUUCGAGAAGUGCUCUGCCAUCUGAUCAACGACGUCGUCCGGGGUUUCCAUAUCACACAUUGGAUCGAACCGAAUUGGCAAGUUUGGCCAUCUCCUGUGGAUUUAACGGUCUACGACGAGGCCCAGAAACCGGGUUGCUGCUCGAUGGCGAGUCUUGGGACGAACAUCCUGGCUCGCAACGCUGUGAACGGGCCGGGCUGCAAAGAAGGCAAGCCGUUUCGUAAAAAGGAAUUGGAGAGUCGCACAAGCUGUUUGAUUCACUGGAGCUACCGCAAGAUGUCAUUCCUACUUCUCCUGAUCCUCGUUGUCAUCUUCCUCUCCGCUGUCCACCUUCUGAGCAUAGAUAACGUAGUAGCUCAUAUGAGUGUGUAAGUCCCGGAUUUCAUCUCUGGAAGGACCCUAGCGAGCAGCACCUGAGCCUCUCCGGUCGACCACCGUAGGAUUCCGCAAAAUAGCUACAAGGUGAAAGUCUCAAGGUCAUCCGGCAGUUACGUGAGAUUCACC